AUGGUGAAGCUUGUGAUCUUGCUGAUUCUGUUCCUGCCCAUGGCAUAUCAAAUAGAUACUUGGAAGUAUCAUAGGAAUGAACCCAUUCCAGUUCCACAUGACUUCUAUCAGCUCGGGGACAUCCUCGUUGGUGGGAUUGUUUCUCAGAUGGUUUACCCUCUUCACACAAUUCUUUUCAAAGGGCAUCCUUCAGACGGCUCUAACUUUCCAGACAUGCUGACAAAGUUCUACCAGCAUGUCCUGGCUUUGGUGUUUGCUGUAGAUGAAAUCAACCAGAACCCCAAGAUCCUGCCCAAUGUCACUCUUGGGUUCCACAUUUGUGACAGCUACUACAAUAUCCAAAUGACCUAUCAUGCCAUGCUUCAUCUCCUCUUCCAAUUGAGCAAAUAUUUUCCCAACUAUGAAUGUGGUAUCCAGAAAAAUGUAAUGGCUAUCAUUGGGGGACUUAGUUUUGACAUCUCCUUCCAUAUGGCAGACAUCUUAAGUCUUUACAAGAUACCACAGGUUGCCUAUGGGUCAUUUGCCCAAGAGGAGAUUACUACGACACAGUUCCCUUCCUUUUACCGCAUGGGCCCAAAUGAAGCACAGCAAUACACAGGAAUUAUCCAAUUACUUCAGUAUUUUGGGUGGACAUGGGUUGGUCUCUUUGCUGUGGAUGAUGACAGCGGAGAACAUUUCUUUCAAGCCCUGGAGCCAUUAUUUUCCAAGCAUGGAAUCUGUCUGGCAUUCACAAAAAGAAUCCCAAACCAAAUCAAUUGGGAUACCUUGCAUGAACUUCAUAAUUUUAUGUCAACUAUAUAUCUGCCUUUCAGAGAUACCAAAGCCAGUACAUUUAUCUUCUAUGGAGAAUCAAGGACAAUCAUAUCACUGAAUGGUUUUCUGUUUCUAGCAGACCAUAGCUCUAAGGAAAAUACAUCAUUUAGAAAGGUGUGGAUUAUAACAGCCCAAGUUGAUUUUGCAUUAACAGGCAUUCAGCGGAACUGGGAUUUCCGGGUCUUCCAAGGUGCACUUUCCUUCAGAAUUCACUCAAAUGAACCUUUAGGUUUCCAAAACUUUCUAAAGAAAAUUAAACCAUAUUGGGAACAAAAAGAUGGGUUUCUCAAGGAAUUUUGGGAACAGGCAUUUGGUUGCUCAUUACUAGAUUCCCAUGAGGCAGAGGUGGAAGAUACAUUAUGUACUGGGGAGGAGUGGCUGGACAGCCUUCCAGGGCAUAGUUUUGAAAUGCGCAUGACGGGCCACAGCUACAGCAUCUACAAUGCUAUCUAUGCCAUGGCAUAUGCUUUACAUACCAUGUGCACAUCUAUGUCCAAUCACAGAGAAAUAUUAUGGGGCAAAAACCUUGAAUUCCACCAUCUCCAUCCUUGGCAGCUACACCCAUUUCUUCAAGGCAUUUCGUUUAACAACUCAGCAGGUGAACUUGUGACUUUUGAGGAUAAUAGGGAAAUGGGAGAUGGAUUUGAUAUCAUGAACUUGGUCAUGUUCCCAAACAAGACUUUUGCUACAGGUGUGCCUGUUUCUGUGUGCAAUGACUACUGCCUCCCUGGUUAUCAGAAGAAAAAGAAGGAAGGGGAGAAAUUUUGCUGCUAUGAUUGUGUUCCUUGCCCAGAAGGGAAGAUUUCAAACCACCAAGACAUGGUUGAUUGUAUCAAAUGCCCAGAAGAUCAGUAUUCAAGCAAGAACAAAGAUGGAUGUAUCAGCAAAGUGACAACCUUCUUGUCAUUUGAAGAACCUUUAGGAAUCAGCUUAGCUAUCCUUGCAGUUUCUUGUUUCCUCAUCACAGCAUUUGUGUUUGGAGUUUUCAUUAAGAACAAAGACACCCCCAUAGUCAAAGCCAACAACCAGGAUAUCACCUACACUCUCCUCAUCUCCUUUCUGCUCUGCUUCCUCUGUUCUUUGCUGUUUCUUGGAAAACCAAGCACUGUGACCUGCUUCAUCCGACAAUCUGCUUUUGGGAUAAUCUUUUCAGUGUCUGUUUCUUGUGUGUUGGCCAAAACCAUCACUGUAGUGCUAGCUUUUAUGGCCACCAAACCAGGAUCUGGCCUGAGAAAGUGGGUUGGGAAAAGACUGGCCAACUCCAUUGUCCUUUCCUGCUCCCUUGUGCAAGCAGGCAUCUGUAUGGUGUGGCUGGGAACAUCUCCCCCCUUCCCAGAUUUAGACAUGCAUUCCAUGGCUGAGAAGAUUGUAGCAGAAUGUAAUGAAGGAUCUGCAGUCAUGUUCUAUAUUGCCCUGGGUUACUUGGGACUAUUGUCUCUCAUAAGCUUGACUGUGGCUUUCUUUGCCAGGAAGUUGCCGGACAGUUUUAAUGAGGCCAAGUUUAUCACUUUCAGCAUGCUCAUCUUUUGUAGUGUUUGGAUGUCUUUUGUUCCAGCCUACCUGAGCACCAAGGGGAAAUCCAUGGUCGCAGUACAGAUAUUCUCUAUCUUGGCCUCCAGUGCUGCAUUGCUGGGUUGCAUUUUUUCCCCUAAAUGCUACAUUAUUGUGCUGAGGCCUGAUUUGAAUACCAGAGAUCAGAUAAUUAGAAGAAAGGAUUAA